CAAAGUGUAAAAUAUUCUGCUACCGCCAGGUGUCAGUACUGAGCUGAGAUCUUUUUUUGACAGACGAUUGUAGAAGAAGAGCAGUGUCCUUCAUAACAACAUCGAACAUGGCUACAGCUACCAGACUUAUUCAAAGGCUGAGAAAUUUCUUAUCAGGGCAAGACCUACAAGGUAAACUGCAACUGCGUUAUGAAGAGAUAUCAAAGAGAACACAGCCACCACCUAAACUGCCAGUAGGUCCAAGUCACAAAUUUGCCAACAACUAUUAUUUCACUAGAGACGGCCGCCGGGAGUCGGUACCUGCCACAGUGGUGAUGUCUUCACAGAAGGCUCUUACAGCUGGCAGCCAAGUUGCGGAGACUUCAAAGGCCCCAGUGACACCAGGAGCCACUUAUCAACCACCGCCGCUCUCCACAGACCAGCCGUACCUGUGAGCAGAUGAACAAAGCUCACCACCUCCUCAUCCUCAUGAGCUGCAGAGAAAACCCUGACUACAGCUGCUUUUGGUUGUGUCUUGUACAAUAGAAAGUGUGAAUAAAAUGCUGUGUUUCACUAAA